GAUCUUCAGGAUAAUUGGAUGGCUGAAGGCCGUGUGCAAAAUAUGGUCGUACUAUAAGUACCCCAAACUUUUUGUCUAAGAUGGUGUGACAGACUUCAGAUUGUAGAUUGAAAGCUCCGAGUCAAAAAUGGAUUUUCUUAAAGUUCUCGCAGUCGCCGUUGUGGCACUCGUCCAAAUGUUUCCUAGCGCCAUUGGAUCCUCAUCUUGGGGCUAUUUCGGCGAUGACGGCCCCAGUCAUUGGACCGACGUCAGUGCAACAUGCGGGUUGUCGAGUCAGUCCCCCAUCAACAUCGUCCCCACCGACGCCACCUUGUCAACCCUAGCCCCCUUCACCCUGGACAAGUUUGACACCACAACAGCGUUGACCCUCAACCUUGUUAACAAUGGCCACACAGCCCAGCUGAAUAUCGCAGGGGCAUCGGUCAAGGUGUCGGGGGGAGGACUGACCGGAGAUUAUAACACUGCCCAGCUGCACUUUCACUGGGGCAAAACCGAUGCAGUUGGAUCUGAACACACCGUGGGUGGAAACCGAUUCCCAAUGGAGAUGCACAUCGUCAACUACAAGUCCACCUACAGCGGCAUCUCCGAUGCAGCAGGCCACUCCGACGGCCUUGCCGUCCUGGGUUUCUUCUUCGAGAUCGGCGAGACCAGCCACCCUGGCAUCCAGAAGAUCGUUGCUGCUCUUCCAAGCGUCACUGCCAAAGAUGCCACUACCAGUGUGACAGCAUUCAUGCUGAAUGAACUUCUUCCUUCUUCCUUCGACGAGUUCUACCGCUAUUCCGGCAGCCUUACCACCCCCAACUGCAACGAGGUCGUCACGUGGUCCGUCUUCCCACAAACAAUCAAGAUCACAGCUGCACAGAUGGCUGUAUUCCGAACGCUGCAAGCUGGGGAACAGAACGACGACGGCAACAACAACAUGUACAACAACUACCGCCCCGUGCAACAACUGGGGAGCCGAAAGCUGUACGCCAACUUCAACCCUAACGCUGGUGCCCGUCCCUCUGUCCAUCUGUCACUCGCUCUUUUCGCUCUUCUAUCAUGCCUUCUGUCGCGCAUGUUCUAAAAGCUUCUCAAUGACCAUUUCUCAGGGAUUUCUAUAUGACAUUAUGGAAACCCAAAAAACGCGAGAGUUAUUUCCCUUUUCAUUACCAGUCUCCAUGGGAGAUAACUCUCUCCGUUUGUUCUUAGUGAAUACCUGCGAUAAGAAAAUAACACGGUUUACAGAACUGUAAAAGGAGCUACACAUGCAAUGUGUGACUUGACCAAAAUGUUUGUCAGUGGUCCUAUUUGAGACAUCUGUAAGUGUAACAAAUACUAGAUGUGCAUAAUAUAUAGAUGCGGUGCCUUGAAGAUACUGAAGUAUGUGGACUGGUGCCCACUUCCAGCAAACAGGUUAAUAGUUUAUGGAUUCAUAUACCACAAGAUUUGAGCUUUGUAGUAGUGUUCAGGGACUACAAGAAACUUACCAGGGAUGAAUAAUCCGAACUGAAUCCGAGUGAAUCAUAAAAUAGAGGAGAUUUAAAGACACACUUUAAUCAUAAUGGAACCGCCGAAUUUAUGGUUUAUGGUUUACUUUACUUUGAUUGGCUCACUUUCAGUCUAAUGACGCUAUAACAACGUCAUUUAUGCUGCAUUUAUGUCAUAUAUAUUCCAAUCACGAGAUGAUCUAAAUGACCAGUUUAUAAUGCAUAGCAUUAAGGAUUUCACCUUAAUUUAUAUUCCCGGGAUUUCUUAAACUAAUCAACAUUUUGCACGGUGCCUUGUAUUGCCUUAUGCCAGUGCCUUUGGUCACAUGACAUGAAUUCUACUUUCACUUUUCUGUACAAUUUGUUCUCGGUAUGAAUGGUGAUGUGUUGUUUGAUUAUUGUGCAUCUGUCAUGCUUGGAAAUUUCAUUUAUUUAUAUUAUUUUGUUUGCAUUCUAAAAAGAAAGUGUUACGCGGUUUUAAGUUGUAUUUUGAGUGUGAACUAAAGCCUUAACCCUGCACUGUAAAACAUAAAACAUAAAUGAGUCAUUUGACUCCAAACAUGGACUGUAUGUCCGAUCCUAUGUUAACUAGCCUGUUCACUAGCAUCCAAUCGUUCCUUCUACCAUUCUUGCAUGAACAGUACAGAAAGAAAUUGAACUAAAACAAAUGCCACAUUUACUAUUGCUGAUACACUUGCAAUCCCUAAGACAAAAGAUGUUAUAGGCGGUUUUACAGUGCAAUACUUUACUAUACAGAUGUAAUCAGGUUUAACCUACGUUUGUAUUAUCUUGCUCAAUCAAUUUUGGUGGAAUUAUGUUUGCUUUGUUUUGAUGUUUUGUCAUUUAUUUGUGAAUUAAUACAUACAUUACAUUAACGUAUGCGCAAUCGAGCAUAACAGACAAUCAGUCAACAGUGGCCACAUAUGAAUCUUAAGCUCUCUGCCAUAUUAGAAAGCGUUUCUAGGCUGAAGAGAUAGUUGUAUUCUUGUUUACAAGAAGAAAUUUAUUCGUAGUAACCUGUGUGGGUAAUUACUGUUAUUUCCUUAAACAAAAGUAAAAAACGACUAAGAAUCGGCACAGGUGGACCAGGGAUGUAAGAGUUGCGUCCCUUGGUUCAAGAUCCGGUGGUCUUGAGUUCGAAUCCCAUACCCGUGCGUAAAAGCGGUGAACGUCUAUGAACUGAGCCACUUCUUCGGGGUGAGGUAUGACUGAAAUAUUGUUGAGUAAAAACUCACUCACUCCUUUCGUGUAUUUCAGCUAUGGCGUUUCCAUGACAUAUUAGUCUGCUCGACACUCUCUGAUAUUGUGUAGGAAUUAUUACCGUAGUUAUUAUAGCAGUGGUCACGAGCUAACUAAGCGGUCAGAUCAACUUCAGUGUUCUGUCUUGUGUCAAAUGUAUUGCUUAUACGGAAUAUACGGUGUAGCUUAGUGUAAGAUUAAGGCAAACACUGUGUACGCUUAUCCGACGUGAAUUAGCCAGUAAUCAUGCGCGCUUACGUCAUGACCUUCAAACGAUUUCACGUGUGAACCAUGCACAAGCAGUGAGCUCAAAGAUUUUAGCAUUCUCUCUACCCCAAGGGCUCUCGUUUCGGUAAACCUACGCUAAUCCCUGAAUCCGUUCAGUUUUCGCGAUCUUAAAUUACCUGCCCUUGAUUUUCAUUAACAUUUACCGACCAAUUAAACGUGGAGAUAAGAAAAAACGAAAAUGGGUAAGGGAGGUAACAAAAGCCCCCGCUAGUUUUAAUGGACAUAAAAAAAUCCUUUCCAUCAAAAAGAUUUUUGAGGGCUUUCAUUUGCCCUUUCGGUCAUUCUAUCAAUGUCGAAUUUCUCGCAAACUCUAUAGUUAUCAAUGGGACAGGCCGCCAUGAUGUUAAUCGGCAACCCAACAGGCUGGUUUGUCACUCACAUUCUGAUUGGUCGUUAGACUGAGAAGCGUAGCCAAUCAAAUUGGCGAAUGGAAAUCAAGGGUGGGUAAUUUGAGAUUGUGAGAACCACGGGAAUGGCUCCAGGGGUAUGUUUACCGAAAAGCGAGCCCUGGACAUACAGAGGACAAGGUGUGAGUGCUGAGGUUCAUUUCUGUCGAAGCAAAUGUGGGAGCAUGCUUGAUUUAACCCCCGGCAGUCCAUCUGUUCAACGCUAAUGCCAGACGCUCGCAUGCAUGGUUGUAAUUGAAGAGUGUCCUUGUCAAGGUUGCUCAUUUGAAAUCGUUUGCCCAAAUUUUAAUUUAUUUGCCUCGUGAUCUGGCAAACGUUUACCUCGGUUUGUGUACACAGAAUGGGUGUCUGGAUAACUGACAUGUGUUCAUAAAAACGGGGCGAUGAAGGGAGUGAACUCUCCCUGAUGUGCUCUGACAAGUGACAGAAGUGAAGUUGGUGUGUACAUUAGUUGAAGCCAAGAUACGAAUAAAUUAUUUUCUAACAAUA